AGAGCCAUGGAGUCGGUGGCCCUGUACAGCUUCCAGGCGACGGAGAAGGACGAGCUGCCCUUCCAGAAAGGGGACACCCUGAAGAUCCUCAACAUGGAAGAUGACCAGAACUGGUACAAGGCUGAGCUGUUCGGCUGCGAGGGCUUUGUCCCCAAAAACUACAUCAAGGUCAAGCCACACCCGUGGUACGCGGGCAGGAUCUCCCGGCACCUGGCAGAGGAGAGGCUGCUCCAGCGCAAUCACCUGGGAGCCUUCCUGAUCCGCGACAGCGAGAGCGCCCCCGGAGAGUUCUCCCUCUCCGUCAGCUACGGGAAGAACGUCCAGCACUUCAAGGUGCUCAGGGAGAGGAACGGCAAAUAUUUCCUCUGGGAGGAAAAGUUCAACUCCCUCAACGAGCUGGUGGAUUUCUACAGGACCACCACGAUCUCCAAAGAGCAGGAGCUUUUCCUGUGCGACAAGGACCACACCCAGGAGGUGAAGAGACCCCGAUUCGUGCAAGCCCAGAUCGACUUCUCAGCCCAGGAGGGCUCCCAGCUGCCCUUCCUGCGUGGGGACAUCAUUGAGGUCCUGGACUGCCCCGACCCCAACUGGUGGCAGGGGAAGAUCUACGGUCGGGUCGGGCUCUUCCCCCGGAGCUACGUCCAACCCCUCCGCAAGUGACCUCACCCCGGUGACCGGGCGGGACCCGGCCCCUUGUCCCCACCCACGCACACGGCCUGGGUGUCCCUUUGUCCCCAGAAUGGUGCCUGACACUC